AUGGUUUCUAGACAAUUAUCGCAACAAGAAUGCCUUGCUGAGUUACUGUCAGUUUUCGGCAACAAAGCGCCACAUCAGUCGACAAUUUCCCGUUGGUAUGGAGAAUUCAAACGUGUACGGGUGAGUCUUAGCGACGAUCCCAUGGAGGGUGCACCAAAAACUGCAGUCACCCAGGAAAACGUCGAUGCUGUGCGCAAACUCAUAAUUGAAGAUAGACAUGUGACAUAUCGAGCGCUUGAGGCAAAAUUAGUUUCUCAGCAGAAAGCAACCAGGGUUAAUUGGUGUCAAAAAACGCUUGACCAUUUCAAUUCCGGAAACUUAAAUAAUGCAUACAGCAUUAUUAGUGGUGAUGAAUCGAGGAUUUACUGUUAUGAACCAGAAAAUAUACGACAGUCGGCUGUUUGGCCAACAAAAAUCAUCCGUUCUCGAAGUGUUUCGAAAAAGAUGGUCGCGAGAUUUGUGUCAAAAGCGGGUCAUACUGCAACAAUUCCUCUUAAUGAGCAAAGAACUGUUACUGCGGAUUGGUAUACCACCAUUUGUUUGCCAAAAGUCAUCACCGAACUUCGAAAAAUCAACCCCGAAAGAAGAAUCAUCCUCCACCAAGACAUUGCAAGCUCGCACACAGCCCAAAAAACAAGGCAGUGUUUAACGGAAAAAAACAUGGAAUUAUUGGACCAUCCUCCAUAUAGUCCUAAAGAUUUCUUUACUUUACCGAAAAUUAAAAACAGACUGCGUGGUCAAAGGUUUCAGUCAUCAGAAGAAGCAUGCGAUAAGUGCUUCGAAAAUUGGUUCGAGCGCAUGCAGAUGUGUAUUAAUGUUCGUGGAGAAUGCUUCGAAAAACAAUAA